AUUCCUCUGCACAGGUGAGUAGCUGCUAUUUAAUGAGUGAGAUGUUAGAAAGCUGAGACAAUUUCUCCACACCUUACAACCUGCUUUCCCUUUCUCGGUCACCCCUGCAGAAAACAUCAUGGUAUCUCAGCUGGAGAACGCAAUGGACAGCCUCAUAAAAGUGUUCCACACGUAUUCUUCCAGAGAGGGAGACAAAUACAAGCUGAGUAGAGUGGAGCUGAAGAGUCUUCUACAGGGAGAACUAAGUGACUUCUUAGCAGCAACUAAAGAUCCGCUGGUUGUGGAGAAGAUAAUGUCUGAUCUGGAUGAGAACCGGGACGGAGAGGUGGACUUCCAGGAGUUUGUAGUUUUAGUGGCAGCCCUUACUGUGGCUUGUAAUGAUUUCUUUGUUGAAACUAUGAAACACUGAGAAGUUAAGGUUAUCUUCUGUGGCUCAUUAAUAAAAUAUUGCAAUGAA